GACAUGGAGGAGCUGGAUGGGUCCUGGGCAGUGUCCCUGAAGAAAGCAAAGGUCAACGAGACGGACGGCGGGGGUCCCGAAGUGUCCCGGCACACCCAGCUGCUCCUGGAGAUCCUCAUGGUGCUGAUGUGUUUGUGCGCUGUCACAGGCAAUAUACUUGUCAUUGUUAUUGUGGCUGCAACCAAGACUUUCCACUCGGUGACAUCAGUGCUGAUCAUGAACCUGGCCAUCAGUGACCUCCUGGUGGGCAUUGGAGUGAUGCCUUUUGUUGCUUUGUCCAUCAUGAACCAUGGAUGGAAGAAUUGUACAGACCUCUGUGCGUACGUGGGCUAUACCUCCUCUGUGUACUGCACAGCUUCUGUAUUGACAUUAGCAGCUAUUGCUCUCGACCGCUACCACUCCAUCAUGGACUGCCUGCGCUACAGCGCCCGCUGCACCCUGUGGAGGACCUGUGCUGUGGUCCUGUGGAUCUGGCUGCAGGCUCUGGUCACCAGUUGUCCUCCCCUGCUGGGCUGGAGCCACAUCAGCUAUGUGGAGCCCAUGUACAGCUGUGCGGUCAUCUGGGCCAGCAGUCCCAGCUACACAGCGUUUAUGGCUGCCCUCUGCUACCUCAUACCAGCAAUAGUCAUUCUCUUCUGCUACGUGAACAUCGUCAAGGUGGCCCGCAGCCAUGCCAGGAGGAUUCAUACAUUGGAGGACUCUGUGCAGCGCAGCAGGAAUUCAAACUCUGCCUUUGCUCUUGGUGAUUCAUCACUCCAGCACUGUGGGAGCCUCCACAGUCCCUCAAGACUCAUUUAUCAUGUUAGUGGACAAUUUGUAUCCGAGGUCAGUAGAGAAGAGGGGAAUUAUAUCAGCCACGCUCUCCCUGAUUCUACUGGAGAUCAUAAUAACUCUACAUUCAGACGCUUGUUCUCCUUCCUGGCUCAGAGUGCCUCCCAGCCACAGCUGCAGAACUCCCAGCAGCACCACAGCCACCAUGGAGUGGUGCGUCUCUUCCUGGUCAUCUCGGCUUUCUUCCUUUGCUGGACACCGUACAUUGGCGUGGCAUUAGUUCAGGCCACAGAAAAAGCAAUCUCAGGCCAAACCAAUGCCAGCCUUGUCCCACGCUCAGCUGUUACCUUUUCAUACUGGCUGGUGUUGCUGAACUCUGACAUCAAUCCGCUGCUGUACGCUCUGCUCAGCAAACGUUUCCAGGGCGCUCUUCAGGGACUGAGGCAAAAAAUAAGAGCACGUCUUGGGAGUGUGGUGGGCAGGGGAGUUGGGGUCAGGGCUGAGGCAGAUGAUGGCAGGAGCAGCGACCCCUGCACUCUGACUGCCACACAUCCUGGUCCGCCUUCCAGCUCCGAGAGUUCAACCUGCGAUGACUCCAAGUAUUCCUCCUCCAUUUUUACAGUUAGCACUGACUUCAAACAUCACUCUGAGCAGCAGCUAUGCAAAGUGCGUCACCAUGAAAAUACCUCCUCAUCCUGCUGUGUGCGGCAGGAUGCUGGCGGUGAAGGCAGGGUGGACUGUCUGCAGGUCCCCUCUCGACCACAAGAGGGCAGCAGACUACCUUUCUCUGCUCUGACCAAGGAGCGUCAGGCCACAUUCUUCUACGGACAGAUAACAGUCAGAGUAGAGCAUGAUGUUUGUUAGGCUGAUAUCUGCAGAAAUUUAUAGGACUAAAAAUUACUUUACAUUAUUGAUAAACCUGUUGAUUUGAUUCUCGGUUACCUGAUUAAUCAUUUGGGCCUUCUGAUGUCUGAGAAAAAUAGUGGUGCUUGUUUUGUUUGACCAACAGUCCAAAACCUUGACACAAACACUGUAAGAUAACAGAAGGACAGCAAGUAUUCAUGUUUGAAUCACCAAGAUUUGUCUUUUUUUUUUUUUAGCAUUUUUGCUUAAAAAAGACUUAAAUAGUUACCUAAAUUAUUUUUUCUGUCACUCAAUUAAUUGAUAAGGUAAUCAUUCAAACUGCAAAAAUAACAUAUCGCCUCAAUCCAAUGUUUCAAAUAUCCCAAAAUGGACAGUGAGUUGGUGGGGAGUGACAGGGGGAAGCUAGAUUUACUAUGCUGAGGGAAAUAGACGCUCCUAGCUCCCUUUUCUUCGGUUUGGAGAAGUUUUGUGAACAAAAGCAAAUGCAUUGUCCGCAGUUAGCAAACGGGCACGUCACUCAUGUGGUGGGGGAGAUGCGGGAGGCGGCUGUCCGGUUUUAUUCUGAGCUGUAUGGUUCUGAACUAUGUGACCCUGUGUGUACAGAGACAUUGCUGGAGGAUCUUCCCCAGCUUUCAUUUACACAACGAAAUGAACUGGACGCCUCUCUGACCUUUGGUGAACUGUCCACACCAGGGGUUGAGGGUCUGCCGGUGGACUUUAAUAAGGCAUUCUGAGACAUUGUUGGCCAGGAUGUGUUUCGUGUUCCUUGUGAGUGCAUCAGGGUGGGCGAGCUUCCUCUGAGUUGCCAGAGGGCAGUUCUGGCUCUCCUGCCCAAGAAAGGGUACUUGAGCGAGCUCAGGAACUGGAGGCCUGUAGCUCUGCUUUCUGUGGACUACAAAAUAGUUGCCAAGUGCUUGGCCGAUAGACUGAACAGGCACACUGGGUUGGUGGUACACCAGGACCAAUUGUACGGUGUGCCUGGGCAUUCAAUGAUGGACGAUUUGUCUUUGAUGAGGGACAUGAUGGACCUGGACCCUGCGAUAUGGACUUUGGGGUAAUCUCCCUUGACCAGGAGAAGGCCUUUGUUCAAGUAGAUCAUGGAUAUUUGUUUAAUGUUCUUGCUGGGUUCGAGUUUGGGAAGAGUUUCACCGCUUUUGUCAAAACACUGUAUAAUGGGGCUUCAUGUUUGAUGAAGGUGGGAGGGGGCCUGAGCCAGCUGGUCAGGGCGGGGAGGGGGAUCCGCCAGGGUUGCCCAUUGUCAGAUCAGC